AUGGCUCGACAGGACGUGCUCAUGGAGCCCCAGUCGCCCGGCUCGCCGGCCUCUCCGGGCAAGCCGUUGGCGCCGGAGCUGCCCGAGCCUUAUGCGGAAAUGCGGCCGUUGGACGUGGCGCCGGACGAGGAGGCCGCGGUCAAGCCGGACCGGCGGACAUCAUCGGCGUCUUCUUCUUCGUCGAGGGCGUCCUCGGCCGGGUGCGUUUUCCAGGUCGACGCGUCCGAGAUGCGCACCCCGUUGGUUGAGGCAGCGGCAGACGGCGACGACGACCAUGCCGACGCCGGUCCGGCCGCGCAGGCGAAGUUGCCCGAGGACUGGGCGUCAUUUUCGGAGCGGUCGACCGGCGGAGGCACGGUGUCGGCGGCACCGGAGGCCCAGACGAUGGCCAAGCCGGCCGUCGAGGGCUUCAACCCGGACAGGAUCCCGGCGUCCAUCUUCCAGCCCAAGCCGGGGGCGCAGGCGGACUGGAGCAUCGCGUCCAACGAGUCGCUCUUCAGCAUCCACGGCGCCAGCCUGAGCAUCUCCGACGACUUGUACGCCCCCAGCAGGUCCCACUUCGACUACUUCUACGACGAGGCCAUGGCGGCCGGCGGCAGCGGAUACACAGACGGGAAGCUGCCGCCGCUCGCGGAGGUGCCGGGCAGCGCGAUGUCGGACGCGAGCGAGGGGAGAGCGAUCCGGCGGCACGAGAGCGGCUCCAUCGGCAGCUCCAGCAACUUCUCCUUCGCCUUCCCAAUGUACACUGGCCGAGCCAUCGACGGGGACGAAGGAGAGCAUGGGCGGCUACCAGCAGCUGCAGAAGGAGCACGAGCAGUCGCCGCCGCGGCCCUCGAACCGCAAGUCGCAGUUCGAGGAGAUGACGACGGAGGAGGAGCGGCGGCCGCAGAAGGCCGGGUGGUGCUGGUGCGGGGAGUGCUGCUGGCUCGCCUGCUCCUGGCCCACCUGCUGCUGCCAAUGGCGGUGGCGGUGCUGCUCCUGUCCGACCUGCUGCCAGUGCAGCUGGUGCCUCUGAGAGGUGGUGGGAGCUACACUAGAAAUGGCGGGGAAAGAACACAGAGCUGA